AUCCAUAUGUCAAACUUCUCCUUGAUGCUAUGAAGCACUCAGGUUGUGCUGUUAGCAAAGAGCGACACUUCUCUUGUGAAGACUGUGAUGGAAAUGUCAGCGGGGGCUUUGAUGCUUCAUCAUCUCAGAUUGUUCUGUGCCAGAAUAAUGUCCGCAGCCAGGCCCACAUGGACCGAGUGGUCACCCACGAGCUCAUCCACGCGUUUGACCAUUGCCGUGCUCAUGUCCACUGGUUCAGCAACGUCAGGCAUUUGGCAUGCUCAGAGAUCCGAGCUGCUAACCUCAGUGGAGACUGCUCCCUUGUAAAUGAAAUAUUCAGGUUGCAUUUUGGAUUAAAACGACACCAUCAGACUUGUGUGCGAGACAGAGCCAUUCUCUCUAUCCUGGCCGUUAGGAAUAUCAGCAAGGACAUCGCUGAGAAGGCUGUUGAUGAAGUUUUUGAAUCCUGUUUCCAUGACCACGAGCCCUUUGGACGGAUCCCGCACAACCAGACUUAUGCGAGAUACGCUCAUAGAGACUUUCAAAACCGCGAUCGCUACUACUCAAAUAUAUGAAGACGACGACGUCUUAUAUAUCACGUCUUAUAUAUCACGACGUCUCUAUAUCACAGAGCCUCAGUGAUCAUGAAGAAACAAAUAUAAUUCUCAAGUGAACAAAUUUGUAAAAUGUAAAGGAUGAAUUAAAUACAGACAAAAUCCAGAAUAUGCUGAUGUUAGCAUAUGAUCAGGAAUUUUUUUUUUGGUCUUUUUGAGACAAGGUCUCA